AACAUAUACACGCAAUCACGUGGUUUAUAACCUAAGGUGUACUUGAUUAUCUAGGUGGACGUUACAGGAUGGCCUUCAAAACUCUGAUGUGUAUCCUGUUUGUUUUCUUCAUCAAGUCACAGAUAGAAAGUCUACCACAAGGCAUUGUGAUCAAUUUUGAUAUAGAGUGCGGCGAAAGCAUAAAUGAUACAGCUAACAUCACAUUUCUCACCGACGUGGAUUACGUCACAGGUGUCGCCUUAUGUAAUGGAACGGAAGUAAUACUGACCCCUAUCGAUGACUUUCGAUCAACAAUUAAUGCCAGUUACCCAGGAGGACCAGAAGUCGGAUGUAUAUUUUUGAGAACUUACGGACCUGGAAUAGAUGUCUAUAGCGUGAACAUUGAAGUUGCUCACAACGUAAAUGGUACAUUAAUUCAAAAUGCUGACGAUGUAUAUUCUUUAACAUGUUCGUUUGGAGAUGAAAUAGAUGGACAUGCCAAUGCAAGGGAAAUCGAUGACAGUCACUUUCCUGCUAAAGCUUUAACUACUGUAAAAGCAAGCAAUGUAACAACUAAUCUGACGCUUGAUGUUGUCGAUUACGAUGGAGUUUCAUUAACAGGGAAAUUAAUACCACUCGGAAAAAAUAUCCGACUAAAAGCUGAAAUAUCAGCUACAAGUAACGAGACGGCCCUAAGAGCUUUCAGCUGCCAAGCUAUAUCAUACGAUGGAAUGGAGACAUUCAACAUUUUAAUAAGCGGAUGCGGGGAUGGGCUUAUUAUCAAGAAGACUCUUGGUUUUACCACAACAGGAAAUGCUACUUUCAGUCCAUUUUUUAAAGCUUUUAGAAUGCGAGGAAAUCAGAAAAUAAAAUUCCAGUGUCAGUUUACUGCUUGCCAACGAGCUGGUGGAUGUGAUGGGAGUACCUGUUAUAAAUACGUUGUUCAAAGAUGAUCGGUGAAGAGGAUUGAAAGCAAUAAAGUGUAAUGAACAUUCA